AUUUACUGUACUUACCCGCGCUAUCCCUUUCGGGACUAGCGCCAUAUCUCCGAAUUCUUCCAUCUGCAACUCCGACUCUUGCUGGAUUAUCGCUACAAAAAAAGAACCGGACAGGUGGAUUGACACGGUUUACAGUUUCCACAGCCCGGAGACUUCAUUUUACAAAGACAAUGGCAUCUUUGACAUCCGCCCGAGCGGCCAGGACCGCUCUUUGCUCUGCAUGUCGCUUCGCUUAUCCCAGCACGACCGUUGGACCUGCUACAGUCAUCGCCAGGCGCGGACUGUCGACAGCAACCGAGCAAGCACCAGCCGACAUUGCCGAUAAGCCGCGAUGGUCCUAUACCCCUCCAAGCGCAAAGGCUCCCUUCAGUCUGCGAUUCGACUCCAAGAGACGGGAGUUUCCCGUCAAUUCAGACCCGAAAAUUCUCGACCAGUUCUACAUUCGCAUGCUGGGCGCCGAUGGCGACAAGGUUCUCUCGGAGGAGGUAAAGUGGCUGGCUGUGACACAUAAGAGCUUCGAUCAAGGACGGAGAGGCUUUAACGAUCGCUUGGCCUUUCUAGGGAAACGGAUCGUUCAAUUACAGGCAUCUCUGGCUUUAGUGCAGAACCCCGGAAAUGCCAGCAGCUCUACCACUCCAGAUUCCUUCGGUCGCGAACCCUUUGCCCACCCGGCCCUCGAAGGCCUGAAGAACCUCUCACCUAGCACGAAGAGCUUCCUCACAAGCAAGCCGAAGCUCGCAGAGCUCGCCCAGAAGUACGAGUUACAGAAGGUCCUGAGGUGGAGUCCUCGAAAGCCGAACAACCUCGCCAGCUCUGGAAUGGAGCUUGUGCUUGCCCAUACCAUGUAUGCAAUUAUCGGUGCUAUUGCCCUCGAGAAGGGCGGACACGUCGCCAACAAGGUGGCAAGAGAACGGGUAUUAGAACCUUUGGGUCUUAAGACAACAGCUUAAAAUCGGGAUUUCGUUACUGGGAAAUGGCCGCAGGAGCAUUAUCAGGGCGUUGUUUCCAUUUGUUUUCCUUUCUGUCUCCGUCUCGGAUGUUCCUUGUAUGUGUUGGGAGCUCUUUUCUUCGACCGUAUAUGUACUUUUAUUAUGACUUGUGCUAUAUCACUCCAAAUACCAGAGCUCUUCGUUCCCGAAUAUACUUCGUUAUACGAAAGGCCCCAGG